GCAGAAUCUAUUUUGGAAAGAGCAUCCAAGUAUCACAUAUUUUUGCUGGAAAACAGGCUGUUACGCAUCCGAAAAGGCCAUUUACAGGUAUUCAACAGGCAGUCUAACUAGCUGUUAAAUAGCUUCAUAUUGAAACGGAUCUCUCGAACAUGUACUCUGAAAGACUAUGGUCCAGAACACAAUGUUCCCCAUGAUUAGACAGGGUAAUUCUACCUAUAACUGUAGGAUCCCCCAAGUAUUCUCCCCUUUCAAGUCUUCGAGUCAUAUCUUUCUUCCUCGUCAAAAACCAGCUACCGACAACCAGCUAUCAGACAACCAGCUACCAGACAACCAGUUACCAGACAACCAGCUACCAGAAAACCAGUUACCAGACAACCAGUUACCAGACAACCAGCUACCAGAAAACCAGCUACCAGACAACCAGUUACCAGACACCUAUCUUUGACAAGUCAAGAGAUCUGGCCCGUUCACCAUGGUCGCUAUCAAACCCCUGGCCUACGCAUCCCUCCUGGUUCUCGCCUCUGUGAUCAGCCAGACUCUAGCUACUCCCCU